AUGGCUGCUGUGCCUCAGCCUGGCUGGCGGGUGUCUCUGCGCGACCUCCGGGUUGAGCUGCACCACUCUGUGGCCACGAUGUGGGCCCAGAGGCGCCUCAGGAUGCUCACACUUUCCCUGUGGGUUCUUCUGCUGCUGUGCUAUUACCUCAGACCCGGUGAGUACCGGCUUUGGCCACCUGUGAGCUGUUACUGGUGGAUGGAGGGGGAGGGGAGGGGCGGCGAUGACGCCUCCCAACAACCAGCUUUCCCGCCCUUCUGGCCUUCACGCCUUGUCCUCUCCCGAUGGCCUCCCAGGCCCUCGCGUCACAUGAGAGCUUUCUGCUCUCACCCUCCUCAACCUUUCAAAGUCCUUCCUUUUGUCGCGUCCCUUCAUAAAAACCUGUCCCUUCUCCCUUCCAGAGUCUCAAAUUCUGGAUCUGCAAAUGUCCUGCGGAAUGAUGACCAUGCUGAACAAUCUCUGGAAGGAGAAUCCAUCCGGGAAUCUCUGUUGCAUUUUUUCUUUCCAACAACAUGCGCUGUGAAGGAGAAGCAAGUGGUAAAGCCUUGUAAUGGGAAGAAAGAUCUUAGAGAGAGUGAAUGUUUGAGAUAUAAGUGCUGCUUCUCAUCAUCCAAGACCACUAAGUUAAGAUGCUUUGCCCCAUUAAGAGACAAGCCUACACAGAUGUUGCGGAUGUUUGGGGUUGGUGUGAUCACCAUGAUCACCUUGGGAUUUCUGCCCAUUUAUUGCUGCUCUCUUUGCCGGAGGAGGUAG